AUGAAGAGCCAGAAGUCCAUCCUGGGCUUCUUCCAGUCCAAAUCGUCACCCUCCACUCUGCCAACUGCUCAACGUGCCAGUGCUGUCAAACAAGAGCUAGUCUCAUCACCAACCCGAGCAUCCUCUGCAAAACUAUCACGAAGCUUUGCAUCUGCCAAUACGAAGUCAACGCAGUCGCCCGAUGCAAGACAGUGCCAGCCUCCUCAUUUGACACCUGCUCCUAGCAGCGAUGCUAUAGAACCAGGGUCUGACGAUCUUAACACACGGAAGACUACAAUAGAAAGGUCGAAGGAAAGUUUUAAGACCGUGGACGCUAGCUUGCCCUCUCCUGCUACGUCUGCUAACGACCGUGACGGAGAGCAGACUGAGAAAGAUACGCGAGAUUCGAUUACCCCAAGCCGACGCGCUAAGAAACCAGUGAGCUAUUUAGAAUCAGAUGAUGACAUUAUCGUGGACUCUAGAAUAAGGCGCCAGGGCCGCCCUCAGCCAACCAAAAAAAGAAAGAGUCUUCCAGUGACAGAUAACGAGGAUGAAUUUCAACUCGAUGAUAAUGCAGAGUUUUUUGAUGAUGAUAUGGACGACUUUAUUGUUGCCGACGACUCUGAGGACGAUGUAAGGCCGACGAAAAAAGUUAAAAGAUCCUCCAAGAUCCAAUGCGCUAAACAGUCUCAUGUUGCUUCUAUCCAAAACGAGGGUAUGAAUCCAGCGAUGGCUGAAUCAGCCUCAGGAACCGCGCUGAAAUGGACAUAUGAUCCGAACAAUAAGGGACCCCAUCAACGCCAAAAGAUCCCGGCACAAUCCUCAUCAAAAUCUGAGAAGAAAAAAUUAAAAGCUCAUAUGACAGAGCCGGAGAAGCGGUAUCCAUGGCUUGCGAAUGUCCUAGACAUGGAUAAAAAUGCCCCCGGCCACCCCGACUACGAUCCUCGAACACUAUACAUUCCGCCUCUGGCAUGGACCAAAUUCUCCCCUUUUGAAAAACAAUACUGGGAAAUCAAGCAAAAAUUUUGGGACACUGUUGUAUUCUUCAAAAAGGGGAAGUUUUACGAGCUGUAUGAAAACGACGCCACCAUCGGCCACCAGCUGUUUGACCUUAAACUCACCGAUAGAGUUAAUAUGCGGAUGGUGGGAGUUCCAGAAAUGAGCUUAGAACACUGGGCAAAUCAGUUCGUUGCCAAAGGAUAUAAGAUUGCCCGCGUCGACCAAUCGGAAUCCGCUCUUGGUAAAGAGAUGCGGGAAAGAGACGAUAAAAAGAAAGGCGAUAAGAUUAUCAAACGAGAAUUGAGCUGCGUCCUUACUGCUGGUACACUUGUCGACGGCUCUAUGCUUCAAGACGAUAUGUCGACAUACUGCACCGCUAUCAAGGAAGCCCUUAUUGAUGAUCUCCCGGCCUUUGGGGUAACGUUUGUGGAUACGGCAACAGGCCAAUUUUUCCUAACUGAGUUUGUUGAUGACAUCGAUAUGACCAAGUUUGAAACCCUAGUCGCUCAAACCAGACCCCAAGAGCUCUUGCUAGAGAAAUCAUACAUGUCACCAAAAGCUCUUCGAAUUUUAAAGAAUAAUACAAAUCCUACAACAAUCUGGAACUACUUGAAACCAGGAAAAGAAUUUUGGAACGCAGAUAUGACUCGCAGGGAGCUUGAUGCAAGCAAGUAUUUUGUCUCUGCCGAUCAAGACGAUGUUGAAGCAUGGCCAGCCGUCCUACGAGAGGCCAAAGACAAAGAUCUUGUGAUAUCUUCAUUUGGUGCUUUAAUGCAAUAUUUACGAAUGCUUAAGAUAGAGCGGGAUCUCAUCACCAUCGGCAAUUUCACCUGGUACGACCCGAUCAGGAAGACAUCGAGCCUUGUUCUGGAUGGACAGACCUUAAUCAACCUUGAAGUAUUUGCAAAUUCCUAUGAUGGAGGCCCCGAGGGAACAUUGUUUCGGCUUCUUAAUCGAUGCAUCACGCCGUUCGGGAAGAGACUGUUUAAGCAAUGGGUUUGUCACCCACUCAUGGAUUCCGAUAGGAUCAACGCCCGGCUUGAUGCUGUCGAUGCGUUGAACGCAGACGAUAACGUACGAGAACAAUUUUCAUCGCAGUUAUCUAAAUUGCCAGACCUUGAACGACUCAUUUCUCGCGUCCAUGCAGGAGGAUGUAAAUGCCAAGAUUUUGUACGUGUGCUCGAAGGGUUUGAACAAAUUGACUACACUGUCAGCCUUCUUAAACAAACCGGUAGUGGUGAGGGCAUCAUUGGGCAGCUUAUCUCUUCUAUGCCGAAUUUAGAUGGCUUAUUACAAUACUGGAAAACGGCAUUCGACCGAACAAAGGCGAAGGAGAGUGGUGUACUUGUGCCAGAGCCGGGAGUAGAAGAAGAUUUCGAUAUUUCAACGGAGCGUGUUCAAAAGAUAGAGCAUGAUCUUGAACAGCUGUUGAAAAGGGUACGACGCGAACUAAACUGCUCCGCAAUUGUGUACCGGGACAACGGCAAGGAAAUAUACCAACUCGAGAUUCCUAUCAAAGUGAAAAAUAUCCCAAAGGGAUGGGAUCAGAUGUCCGCAACGAAGCAAGUCAAGAGAUACUACUUCCCUGAACUUCGGACCCUGAUUAGAAAGCUUCAAGAGGCACAAGAAAUUCACAGCCAGACUUCAAAGGAGGUUAUGGGCCGUUUUUGUGGUCGUUUCGAUGAAAACUAUUUAACAUGGCUUUCCGCAAUCAAGAUAAUCGCGCAGCUUGACUGUUUGAUCAGCUUAGCAAAGGCGUCUGCAGCUAUAGGAUACCCUAGCUGCCGCCCGCAUUUUAUUCAUAAAGAGCGUAGCGUUCUUGAAUUCCAGGAGCUUCGUCACCCUUGCAUGCUAUCUAGUGUGAGUGAUUUUAUCCCUAAUAAUAUCAAGCUCGGCGGGGAAUGCUCCAGCAUCAAUCUUCUUACGGGAGCCAACGCAGCCGGAAAGUCAACUGUGCUGAGGAUGACUUGUACUGCGGUGAUUAUGGCUCAGAUUGGAUGCUAUGUACCUUGUGAAUCCGCAACACUUACCCCCGUCGAUCGCAUUAUGUCUAGACUUGGGGCGAACGAUAAUAUUUUCGGCGCCCAGUCGACAUUCUUUGUUGAAUUGUCAGAGACCAAGAAGAUCUUAUCGGAAGCGACACCUCGAUCCCUCGUCAUUUUAGACGAACUGGGCCGUGGCACAAGUUCUUACGAUGGAGUGGCCGUCGCCCAAGCAGUACUUCAUCAUAUUGCAACACAUAUAGGGGCAAUGGGUUUCUUCGCGACGCACUACCAUUCCCUUGCCGCUGAAUUUGAAGGACACCCAGAGAUUUCCCCGCGCCGCAUGCAAAUCCAUGUCGACGACGAAGAUAGACGGGUCACGUUCUUAUACAAAUUGGAAGCUGGAGUCGCAGAAGGAAGUUUUGGGAUGCAUUGUGCCUCUAUGUGUGGCAUUCCAAACAAAGUCGUUGAGAGAGCAGAGGUCGCAGCGAAGGAGUGGGAGCACACCAGUCGACUCAAGGAAAGCGUCGAGAAGAAAAAAGGGAGCGGAUUGCUUGGGUUGGGCUGGUGGAGUGAUGUCGCAUGGAUUCUUAAAGAUGAUGCUUCACAAACUGCCAACCAAGAGUUCCAGGAGAGAGGCAUCGACGUUCUCCUAAAAGCAAUUGAGAAUAUGUGA